AUGGUUCGAGCAGACACGCGAUUUUGGCCUCCAACUUCUGACAGACAUUGCAAACCGCGUACUGACUCAGCUCCAGCUGACACUGUAUGUGCCCGUGUGUACAGUGACAGCAGUGAACUGGACGACGACGAGUGGCCCAUCAAGUGUAUCCUCCAGGAAACAGACACAGAAUACCUGAUCGACUGGGAAGGCCCCUACACUCCAAGCUGGGUGAGUUACAUCACGCAAAUCGACGGUCCUGCCUCGCCCUUCGCUUCGCAGAGAAGAAGGGACUCGGAGAACAACGAACGCGCGGCAUCCGAACACGAAAACCAAUCAAAUACCCGCGGUUCUACAGUCCUUUCAUCGACACUUCCCUCUCUAGAAAUUGUCCCAGAGACACAAUACUCUCCACAGGCCAAACAGAGUUCAGUUUCCGGGACCUUUUCUCCGGAGACUCCUGGUGCUGGUCACAGCAGUGUGCGGAGUGAGAUAGCCGAAACACCUUCUCUCCGACACGAGGAAUUCAAAAGUCAACUCAUAUCUCACGAGUCCAGUAUCCCUUUCUCGGCGUCCUCAGGGUCUGUUGAAGGCAUCGAGACCAAUUCGGGCAGCUUGGUCUCACACUAUCUUACACAGUGUGACUCUUCUGUUGGUGUUUAUCUCAGCUCAAUACCGGAAACGGUCACCCAAUAUUUGUCGCAAUAUCAAGUUGAUUCCAGUACUCAAUUCACAAGUCAGCCGGGGCUGUCAUUGCCCAAACCUACGGAAACUCAGCCGCGUGUGGAAAUAGUGGAAGACCAAGGAAGAAAGCAUCCAGCAGCAUCCAUGAACGAAAAUAUGGACCAAUACAAUUCAUGGGAUCAGCCAAGAGCCCCGCGCUUUCCGGGAAUAUCCCAGACACUCAGUGCUAGUGGAACCCCUUCCUCUGUUGGAGACAUCGAAUCAUCAGUGCCUGUAUCGGCCUCAGAGGCAAUGGCCCCUCUUAGCGUCAGACUCGACAAAGACGCUGUCACUCAUUCCCACACUGCAAUUCAUCAUGUGCAUGCCGAACCUCUAAUCCCGCCGUCGGAACUGCUUCAUGUCGAUCCAUCGACAACACAAACCAUUCAGCCUAGUGAAUUGACAGUUACAAAUGUCGAGGAGAAUUUACCAGGUUCAAUCCGGCUUGGACCGUCUGAGUUUGCAGUCACUCUUCCAAUGGACUCCCGGGUGAAGGAUUACUAUGAACGAGUAUUGGCAGACGCUGCCACGAGUAUUCGUGAAUUUUUCUCUGGCAUUGACGACAACUCUGGACUAUCGGCUGCUGAAGUGAGACUUUAUCACAUCUAA